UUGCUACCUGCGCAUUACCAUUGCAGACCUUCCGACACCGACUGCGGGAAGGGGACGCAUUUUCUUUUGCGUUGACAGCACUGGAUAUUAUAAAUGUGUGAUUUUUACAAUGCUAAACAUUUACGAAACGGAGGCCAUGUACCAGUCAACUCCGGUCUGAUUGCAGAAUAUGCUAAGAAUAGCGACUGGAUCUGAAGAUUGGUGUUGGGAUUACGAAGACAUUAUGUAGUCAUGCAGCUGGGCAUCUGUAGUUAGCGUUAACAGUGCUCACCGUAGUGUCUCCGUUUCUAAAGACUGCGCUUCUCAUCCGAUCGAGUUCCAACCUUCGUGAGUCAAGAUUUUCAACCCUUCGUAAAAAUGAGACUAAAGUGAUCAGUGAUUAGGGAGAUGAUGACUUUCCAGGAUGUGAGCUGGCUGGUUCAGGUGGCGCUCUUCUGUGCUUCGCUGCUGGUCGUACUAGCCUGGCUCGUUCAGUUCUCACUGGCCUUGCUGCACCCUAGGUGGUGUGACAGGGUCCAGGGCAAGAGGGAGACCCCCUGGCAGCUGCCCCUGUGUCUCACCCACCAGACCUUGACGGGUGGCGUGUGGGCUUCCCUCCUGAGACUGAGGCUGGGGCGAGAUGGUGCAGGGAGUGACACUGAGGCGGGUGUCAAAGGACUUUUGUCUUCGCUCUUUGUGUUCAAGUCGUUCAGGGAGCACUGGCAGAGAGCCUGGGUGCGUGCGCUCAAUGAACAGGCCUGCAGGCAAGGGAGCUCCAUUCAAAUCACCUUUGAUGACAGUCUUCAGCUACCAACCUCUGGUUCCAUUGACCAUGUGACUUGCACAGACCAAUCAGCAUGCAGCAUGGUCCUUCAUUGCAGUUGUUCUGUUGACACUGUUACGUUCCCUGUGACAGUCACUCAGCAGUCACCUGCCACCGUUUCCAUGGAUACCUACCAGAUCAUGAUGCAGCCCAUGCAGGCUCAGUUAAAAGUCUGCCUUGAGGAAGUGGAGGAAGAGGGUCUCCUUGUGUCCUGGACUUUUUCCAAGCAGCCUCCGCUGUCUUUAACCGUAACACCACGCCAAAGACUCCAGAAAGAGGGUUCUGACGUAGAGGUGGACAGCCGAAUGAUUGCCACACUGGUUGAAGACACGUUGUACACAACACACCCUGCUAUGAUCCUAAACCUGAGAGCCUGUGUAUCAAGCCCUGCGUUUCCCAGGGAGAAGCAGAUUGGUGGUCUGAACUCUCCAUCUCAGAGCACGCUUGUCAGAAGAAUUCUGGUACAGCAACUCAGAGCAACCAAUGUCAAAAAAGGAUGUCAGACUCAUGUAGGAGAGCUUUGUUGUGUUUUGAGUCUGGACACUCCCUCCAGUGAACGGAGAACAGGCUUUCUUUCUCCUUCCCCUUGUCCUGGAGCAGCCCUGCACUGGACUGACAACUUUACACUUGAUUUAGGACCAGAAACCAAAGAGCUCAUAGUAAGGCUUGUGGAGAGAAACAGCAAAGGAGAGCAGUAUUUACCUGGUCGUGCUUCCUUAUCACUGGAUUGCUCUAAAAAAAUUCCCAACGGACAACACAAGCUAUCCAUCGGUCCAGGUCACGGUCUGGCUCCGACUGCUAUCGUAACACUAGAGCUGUUGUAUUUGGAGUCCAGUGAUUUGGGUGCAUGUCAGAAUACAACUCCUCUGCGGUCUUCAGUCACCCCAUCAAAGAAGGUGGAUGUAGACCGUACUAUCAUGCCUGAUGGCACUAUUGUCACCACUGUGACCACCAUCCAGUCACGACUAAAACUGGACCAUAAACUAGGAGACUCUCCGUCUAGGUCUCCUUCAAAGGUGGAGGUGACUGAAAAGACUCCCACUGUACUCACCAACAGCUUGCCGAGCACCAAUGCCAGUCCUACCCCCACCACAGAAGGCACCCUCCCUAAUGGGCUGGAUCCCGUUGCUGAAACAGCCAUCCGGCAACUGACCGAGUCAGCCUGUAAGGCACCCAAGAAGACGCCUACUAAACGCAGCACUCUCAUCAUAUCUGGGGUGUCCAAGGUCCCCAUUACUGAGGAUGACUCAGCCUUAUCUGUGGGCUAUGCUGCAGCCAUGGACGCAGCCCUACAGGGGGCACAUUCUCCCAGCGGAGCCCCAAACCACCACGGAGCUUCCGCGCAUCAGGAAGCAGACGAAACCACUCCGUCUGAUGUGUCAGAGCGGCCGUCUGUGGAUGACGUGGAGUCAGAGACGGGAUCUACCGGAGCGCUAGAGACACGCAGCCUCAAAGACCACAAAGUGGGAUUCCUUCGCAGUGGUACCAAGCUACUGUUCCGCAGGAAACAUAGAGAGAAAGACCCCAGUUUUAGUCAAUCCCAUGAAGAUGUCUCCAACCUGGACAAUGACUCCUCCACAACCUCCUGCUCCUCCACCAGUCGUAAGAAGUCUGGAAGCUUCUCUCGUCGCCUCAUAAAACGCUUCUCGUUCCGUUCAUCCAAGACAAAGGGCAAAUCUAGCACCGCCAAUGGAGGGGCUAGUGCCACAGACAACUAAAGGAGAAAUUAAGAGAGAGAGACGGUGCAGGCACCAGUCAAAUGAGUGUGGAAUAAAGUCAAAUGAGUGUGGAAUUGGCUCCAGAAUUAGUUAUUUAUCUUAUAUACUGAGUGUCCACCAAUCAGGGGUUAUGUCCUACUUCAGACCACAUUGUCCCCAGGUAGCAGCCUUGCUUUGGCAUUCCUCUGCCUGGAACAUCAUCCCUCAAAUAUGCCCACAGCUUUGCAGGAUGGAAAAAUCAACUAUAUAUGGAAAAUAAGUGGAUUUGUUGGUCUAAUUAAAUUUAGGGGAUGAUUAAGUGCAAACAAACUUGAGAAACUCAUACUGGACGAUGGUCAUGUAUUGAUGGAUAUUGAGCACAAGGGGGCGACAUAGACUAGUGACUAUUAUUGCCUCCAACACUGUUGCUAUGUGUGGUUUUUCUUAUUUAUUUUAUUUAAUCAGUUGCACUUUGGAUCUUAAACUGAUUGUUUACAAUGUUGGGGAGCUCUUUUUUUUUUCUUGACGUUUUAUCAUGUUUGUGUAUCGUUUACUGUUAUCGGCACUGAUUUAUUUCUCAUGAGCACAUAGGAGUAUUUCAAGGGUGUGAAAUGCUAAGAUAUGCUGUGAGCUUUGUUCUCGUUUUGUUGUUGCGAUAGCAUUUUAGAUCAAGAGAUAUUAUGCCCUGUUUUAAAAUAGCAGAACAGUUUGACUUUUAUUCUGACUUAAUAAUCUUUUAUAUGUUUCUGUUUUUUUUUAGAAAAAACAGUCAUAACUGUACGCAUAUCGCACUUAUUUAUGUUUGUUUGUUUUAGUUGAAAAGUACGAGCCCUUCAUAUGACAAAAGGGAAACACUACAGUUAAACUACACGUGUGUAUAUUUAUAAAUUAUUUCACAAAUCAUUGUAAAUCUACAAUUUCUUGGACUACAUCAGGCUGAAUUUGCAGUGAAAAGUGCUAUUUUAAAGCUCAGGGGAUACUAUAAAAACAUGGGGGGGGGGGGGGAUGACAUUAAAUCACUUUAUUUAUUAGUAGUUUUUUUAAGAUAUCGCUUCUUGAACUAAACCAGCGUUGUCUCAGUAUAUACUACCCCGUUUCUUCCUGUUUUCAUUUAGUUGCAAUAAACAUAUCAAGAGGAAUGGGAUAUCCAGAGGAACAGCAGUCCACAUGUGCUUUAUUUAAAGGUGUUGAACACAAUUUCUUUAUGAAAUGGCAAGCAACAAAUUUCCCUUUUUCCUGGAAGAUAUCAAUUAAAUAGCUGCAAUAAAAUAUCACACAUGUCUCCGUGACAGCACUAGUCUGUGUAAACAGUAAAGACAAAUUUGCUGCAGUCCGCGGUCAGUUGUAUGGUUGUCAAAUGCUAAGUUAGAGAAUGCAGUUUUGCUACAGUUGCUUUAUGCUACGUGAAGUUCUAGAACUUACAGCAUACAACACCUUUAAGCCUAAACUGGGGGGUGUAGUUUUGUAUUUGCCAGUUUUGAUUAUUCUGGAGGAGGGACCCCCACCCCCACCCCCACCC